AUGGCUCAGAAAGAUGAUGGCUGUAACAGGUUUUUCUGUCUGACAUGCCCAUAUGAAUUUAAGAUCGACGGAUUUCAGAUGUAUGAUCGUAAGAAGUUAUCAAGAAAAGAAGUUGAUGAUGUGUUAGGUGGUGAAGGAGCUUGGGAUAAUGUUGAUCAAACAGUAGCACAGUGUCCUAUUGACUCGUGUGGUGGAGACAAGGCUUAUUUUUUCCAACUUCAAAUCAGAUCUGCUGACGAACCUAUGACUACUUUCUACAAAUGUGUUAAAUGUUCCCACCAAUGGAGAGAAAACUGA